AUGGCCGAGAAAAUGAAAGCGGUACAUUAUGAGGCCCCAUUCAAGGUUUCCGUGAAGGAGGUUGAGACACCGAAGAUUCAGCAUCCAGAUGAUGUGAUUAUUAAAGUGACGACCAAAGCGAUCUGCGGAUCGGAUCUUCACAUGUAUCAAGGUCGCACAGCGGCAGAGACAGAACUUAUCUUUGGUCAUGAGAAAAUAGGUGUUGUCAUCGAAACCGGCCCAGGAGUAACGUUGUUGCAAGAGGGCGAUAGAAUUGCACUUCCGUUCAAUGUUGCAGAUGGAAGGUCUCGCAAUGGUGAGGAAAGACGUACAGCAUUCCUUAUUGGUGUCAAUACAGGGUUCGCCGGCGGAGCAUACGGAUAUGUUACCAUGGGGCCAUACCAGGGUGGUCAAGCACAAUUUCUGAGAGGACCUUGUGCCGAUUCCAAUGCAUUGAAAUUGCUGAAAGGAACGGAACAUGAGGCCGACUUUGCGCUUUUGGCGGACAUUUUUCCAACGGGAUGGCAUGGGCUGACUCUCGCGGGGUUCAGGCCAGGGAAGACUGUUGCAGUAUUCGGAGCUUAUAGGCGAAGCGCGAGUAGCGUAUACGUCGUGGAUACUGUAUCCGAGCUGUUGGAGGCGGCGAAGAAGAUCGGAUGUAUACCAAUUGAUUUCAAGAAGAAAGACCCAGUCGAACAGAUCAUCGAGCUCAAUGAAAGAAUGGUAGAUCGCGCCGUAGAGGCGGUGGAAUAUCAGGCGGUCGAGACUCCUGGAAGCAAAGAAAAGCCGAAUAUCGUUUUGGACCAGCUUCUCAUGGUAACGAGGCCGACUGGUGGACUGGGGAUCCCGGGUCUGUAUGUGCCCGCAGAUCCUGAAGCACCAGACAAGAAAAGCAAGAAGUGCCAGGUUUUGCUGUCCUUUGGGAAACUGUUUGAAAAAGGUCUAACGUUGGGAACGGGACAAUGCAACGUCAAAGCGUAUAACAGAUAUCUUCGUGACUUAAUCAUUUCCGGUAAAGCAAAGCCAAGCAUUGUAGUCUCUCAUGAGAUUACUAUCGGUGGUGCCCCUGACGCGUAUGAGAAGUUCGAUAAGAGGGUAGAUAGGGACCCGAAGGUGUUGAUACAUCCAAAUGGACCCCUCUAGGGUAGAGCUUCAGCUUUAG